CUUUUAAGCAAAAGCGCUGCUAUAGGUUUCGCUAAAAAUAAAACUAAAACACAAGAGAAAAAAACGCUGCUGUAGAGGAACAUUAGAAAGCGCUUAAAAAAAGCGCUGGUAAAGGGUCCCCUUACGAAAGCGCUUUUCAAAAAGCGCUGGUAAAGGUCCCAAUAUGAAAGCGCUUCCUAAAAAGCGCUGCCUUAGGCCAUUAAGUUUAAAAAAAAAAAAAAAAAAAACAACCAAAAUCCCUAAUUCAUUUUCACGAUUUUCAGUCUUCCCUAAAUACAAAUCUUCUUCUCCAGCUCCGCUCCCCUCUCUCCGCCGUCCCUCAGCUACUUUACUUCUUCCUCUCUCGCAGCGUUUUUCCUCAGUUCCUCUUCUUCUCCGACACUGAAACCCUAAAGUCAUUGUCAGUAUGUUCUUCUUAUUCUCCGACGCUGAAACCCCCUCUCCGACGAAGAAACCUAAAGUCACUGUGUUUCUCUCUCUAGAACUCCAGAAAUCGUAGCUCUUCCGAUUCACCCUCACAAUGGGUUCCGAGGGAUCCAGCGUCGUUGGUAAUUCUCGAACACAUCUUCACUUUGGUUUUCAUUUUCUAUUGUUUAGUGUUCUUCGUCUUUCUACUGGUUCCAAUUUUGUGCAUUUUUUUUGUUUUUCCAGUGGUUGGUUGCUUGUGUAUAGGUUCUCAUGUGAUUCUCUGCUUGUUUUUUCAAUUGUGCUGGAUAUGUAAUUUAGAAUUUCUAACUUCCGUUUCUCUGUGUUGAAAUUGGUCAAGUGUUUGUUUGAAUCUGGUGGUUAUGCAAAUUCAUUUUAUUUGGAGCUGUGAUUGUGUGAAUUUCUAGUUAUCUGAGCUAUUUCUAUGAUGAAUGUAACAGUGAAAGGGGGAAAUUUUUUGAAUUGAAUGUGUUUGUGAAAUGAAAUUUGAAUGCGGUUGUAGGGCUUCUCAUGGAGACGCAGCCACACGAUAAUUUGCAGCAUGCACUGGUUUCUUCCCGUGACACCAACAAUCUACCCAACGACGCGGUGGUCGAUGCGGUGGCCGAUGUUUCAAACCACAUGUGCCUAAUUUGCGAAUUCACUCGCUCGUUUUUCUGUUUGAGAAACUGUUGAUGGAAAGCACUAGCCUUAGCCUCUAUGUGUCUCAGACUGAUGCUGAUUGUGUUUGCCAAACACCAGAGUGGUAGUCAAGUCUCUGCAUAGUUCAAAAAAUGCUUCUGAAGUUUGGGAAAAAGAGUCACAGCCCGACUACACGCAACACGGAAACAGAUAAUGUCAGCGUUGGUGGUUAUGAGGUAGAUGAGAUUGGAACUAACAGUUCCUCUAAUGAAGGAACUGCUAUCAAAAAGAAGAUAACUCGAUUCGAAAUGCAUCAAGCUCUGAAAUUGCAACGCGGAGAGAUUUCACAACGCAGUGUGUACAACCCUCUUGAUUUGUUCUCUGAAUCAAAGGAAAGAGUUCAUAAAGCUAUCAAAAAUCUCUUUACUACCCCUCAAAACAAUUUCCGUGUAUUUUUGAAUGGUUCUCUCACACUCGGAGGACUGGGAGGUGGUGCUGAAAGUUCAGAUGUAUGUAUGGCCAAAGUACUUGAAGAUGAACUUCACUCGGUCAUUCAAGCUGGCGAUGGCCAAUGUACAAAGAACUUAUUUACUCUUGUUACUGAAGCUGUGCAUAAAUCAGGAGUCCUUAAUCAGCUCCUGGAGAUUCAGAAGCUUGAUGGUUUUGACGUAGAAGGAGCUAUCCAUGCAUAUUAUAACAUUACUUGUCAACAGUGCAAGGUGUGUAAAUAAUUUCGUAAAGAACAGGCAAAAUUAUUUUCCUCUUUGCAUUCAGCUUCAUUGGAUGAAAGCUUGAGAGUCGUGAAGGACUACCUGAUAGCAGCUACUGCAAAAGACUGCAGUUUGAUGUUAUGUUUUAAACCAAGGAAUGAGAAUGAUUCUGAUUCUGGAUCUUCCUACAAUACUGUAUAUCUUGAGUCAACUAAACAAGCCUUUGAUUAUAAGGUGCAUUUUAUCGACCUUGAUUUAAAGCGUUUGAAUAAAGUGGAAGACUACUAUGAGUUAGAUAAGAAUAUAGUGAGCUGCUACAAACAGAUGAACAAAAUAGAUGAUGGAAGAAAUGAAGAUGCAAAGUUGCAGGGACCUGAAGUUGCAAACUUGCAGGGAUCUGAAGUUACAAACUUGCAGGGGCCUAAAGUUGCAAAUUUGCAAGGACCUGAAGUUGCAUACUGAAGUAGGUUUUGUCUCUUUGCAAGAAAGAAGAUCAUCUCAUAGUGGAGGGGGAAGAGGGCUUAAAAGUUAAUUAAGUGUCAAUCACCUCCUUAAGAUCUAAGGUGAUAGUGUGGGACUUUUUUGUAUUGGUGUAGUUAGUCGAAGGCCAUCACCGAUUCGAAGAACAUGAAAGCAGCAUCAUCCGUUGUCGGCACCAAUAACCCCUCUUAUUUCUUUGAAUGAGGCUUUGCAUAAUUAUCUCAAUGGUCUACCUCCUUUAGAGACCAAAAAGUAUGUUGGAGCAUCCUUGAAUUCACUUGCCUUUGAUUCUUCUCCUCCUGCAACAUUUGAUGAUGCCUUAUCAUCCUAUGCCACCUUAUAUGAUGAAUCCGUAGUCCCUAUAAGAAAUAACUCUUUGGGCACAUCAAUGCUUGACCUUUUUCAUGAGGAUAUAAGUAAAAUACAUUCACAAGAAGAAGCUGGUAAAGUUACUGCCGCCGAAGAUUGCUCACCUGAGUUAUCUUGUAUCCCCGAACAUUAUCCUCUUAACUUACUUGGCAUGCCAGUACCAGAUGGUACCUAUGUACUUGAUGGUUCUACGGAAGAUUCAGUUGAAGGUGGACAUUAUAUUAAGGAAGUAGGUCAGAUUGAGGCAAACAUUGAAGUUCCAAAUUGUGAUGGCAAAAACAUUAUUAGUAAAAUGCAAUCUCCAACAACAAUGGAUAGAAAUCCAAUGGAGAGAUGUAAUGAUGAGGUUGUUUGUAUCGGACGCCAUAUACAAGGGCACGCUCUAGAUAGGCGCGGUCUAGAGAAUAAUAUGACCGUUAAUGCUUCAAACAUCCGUUCUUAUACAGCAAAAUCUGAUGAGUGGAAUGCAAGUAAUCAAAUCUGUGGAAGUACUCACAUAAUGCCGUUUCAGGAUCUAACGAAUAAACAGUUGAAUCCUCCAAACUUGAAAAGGAAGAGGACAGGUCAGAUCGAUCUGGAUGCUUCUGGCUUAACACAUGAAAAUCAGGAGGAAAGUGCUGAUUUCUAUCAGAGUAUCCCGAAAAAGAAGACGAAAACGGGGGAAUUAGAAGGGGCAUGCAAUAACUGUAAAUGUAUAAAAUCACAGUGUUUGAAACGAUAUUGUGAAUGCUUUGCUGCUGGAGUUUACUGCACAGGACCUUGCUCAUGUCAAAACUGCUUGAAUAAACCUAUUAAUGAAAAUAUUAUCCUGGAAGCUCGCAAGAAGAAUGUGCCUAAAGUUGAGGACGCCAACAAAAGCGGAUGCAACUGCAAUAAAUCGGGGUGCAUGAAGAAAUAUUGCGAAUGCUUUAAGGGUGGUGUUGGUUGCUCCCCAAGCUGUACCUGUCAAGGAUGUGAGAAUAUAAAUGGUAGAAAGAUAGAUGACUGUAUUGUUUGGAAGCCACAUCUUAUCUGGGACUGGAACAAACAGAAGCAUUACAAAUCCGAGAACAUCUUGUACUGAAUAGUUUGGAAGCCACAUCAAGAGCCUGUGAAAUCAAAUCCUAUAGGAACCAUAAUUAGAUUUCUUUCUGAAUGUAAUUGAUUUCUUAAACCUUACUUUUGUUGAUGCCACAAUGUACAACUCCAGUCAAUGCUUACGUUAUUAAUA